GCGUGAGGCUGAGCUACGGUAGCUAGCUUUAUGCUAGAAGAUAAUCGAUCGACUGGAUUUUAACAAAACCAAAGCCAAUCGGUUCAAUUAAAGGGAGAAGACGGUAACCUUUUGCAGGAGUGUUACCUGCCACUGUAACAGGACUCCCUCAUGGCCACGGACAUGCCUCUGGAUACACCAAUGGACACUCUGCUGGUUCCUGACCCUGCUCCUGCUCCCCCUCCUGCCUCACCUGUUCCAAGCCCAAAUGCAUCCCCCAGCCCUUCACAAGACCAGGCUCGAACUUGGGAUCCACAACCACCUGACACCCCCGAUCCAGAACCAGCCUCGGAGCCUGGUGCUGUUCCAGGCCUAACCCCGACUCAGGUUGAAGACCCAGUUGGGGUCCAAGGCCUAGAGCCAGGCUCUGAGUCACCAGCGGCCCCCCAGCUGAACCCAUCAGCCAGUGCCAAGAAUCCGAGCUGUAAGAUCAUGACCUUUCGACCCACCAUGGAAGAGUUCAAAGACUUUGCCAAAUACAUUGUCUACAUGGAGACCCAAGGAGCUCACCGUGCAGGCUUGGCCAAGGUAAUCCCCCCAGAGGGCUGGAAGCCGCGGCGGUCAUACGACACCAUUGAGGACAUGGUGAUCCCAGCUCCCAUUAUGCAGGUUGUGACGGGCCAGUCAGGCCUGUUCACCCAGUACAACAUUCAAAAGAAGUCCAUGACAGUGGGCGAGUAUCGCAAGCUGGCCAACAGCAAGAAGUACUGCACUCCACGCCACAAGGACUUUGAUGACUUGGAGAGGAAGUACUGGAAAAAUUUGACGUUUGUCUCUCCCAUCUACGGUGCUGAUGUCAGCGGCUCCAUCUAUGACCCGGACAUAGAGGAGUGGAACAUCAGUCAUCUGAACACGUUGCUGGAUAUGGUGGAGCAGGAGUGUGGCAUUGUCAUCGAAGGUGUCAACACACCCUACCUGUACUUUGGCAUGUGGAAGACCACCUUCGCCUGGCACACUGAGGACAUGGACCUAUACAGCAUCAACUACCUGCACUUUGGACAGUCCAAGUCCUGGUAUGCCGUCCCACCUGAGCAUGGAAAGAGGCUUGAGCGGCUGGCACAAGGUUUCUUUCCGGGUAGCUGCCAGGGCUGCGAUGCUUUCCUCCGCCACAAGAUGACACUGAUAUCUCCGUCCAUUCUGAAGAAGUACGGCAUCCCCUUCGACAGGGUAACUCAGAAUGAAGGGGAAUUUAUGGUUACUUUUCCAUAUGGCUACCAUGCUGGCUUCAACCAUGGCUUCAACUGUGCAGAAUCCACAAAUUUCGCCACCCUGCGCUGGGUGGACUACGGAAAGAUGGCCACUCAGUGUACGUGCCGUAAGGACAUGGUGAAGAUUUCUAUGGAUGUGUUUGUGCGCUGCCUGCAGCCAGAGCGAUAUGAGCAGUGGAAACAGGGAAAGGACACCACAGUUUUGGACCACCUCAAAUCCACUGAGCUCACCAGUCCUGAGCUAGAGCGCUGGCGACAGCACCGCGUCACGUACCGAGUUAACCUGUUGCGCAGGGCCCUGCAAAAGAAGAACCAAUUCCGACGGCUGAAGCUGGAGGAGGUGAAGGUGCUUGCAGAAGAGGGCAUUGAGCUGGACGCUGUUGAGUACCAGCGUCGGGUGGAGGAGCGCGAAGCCCAGCGAAGGCAGGAGAAACAGGAAAGGCUUGCCCGGGAGGCCAUGAUAACCCUGGAGGCCAUGGAACGCGAGGAGCAGGAGGCUGCUGCUGCAGCUAAAGCAGCAGAAGCAGCAGAGGUGCAAGAGCAGAGUGACAAGCCACAGCUCCUGACCGAGGAUGUGGAGGAGAAGAAGAAGCAGAAAAAACAGAAAAAGACGGCAAACCUCCAGAAGGCCAUGACUGGGUUCGAGGAGGCGUUUGAACAGUUUGCAAAAUCCAGUACCAGCAGUCCCAGUAACAUCACACUUAACCCGCUGAAGGUCGAAACGCCGUGUAAGAAUAAUGUUCCAGUAGAAUGCAAGCUGGAAUCCACCACCACACAGGCAUCCUACUCUAAGCUCAAGAUGCCCAAGGCAGUUAAGAAAAGUCGUCGUCACCCCCUCAGCAAGCCCCCAAAGCGCUCUCCCUUGUCUAUCGUCAAGCAAGAGCAGACUAGUGAUGAAGAGCUGUCUUCUGCCAUGUCACUGGAUGGUGAAAUGAAAAAGGAAAAGGAACACCUUUGGCAGAACCGCUCACCCAACUUCUUAGCAGAGAAGGCUUUCAACGCUGCUGUGGCAACACUCAAACCUCACUGUGCCAUCUGCUCCCUGUUCUGCCCCUACACAAAGCCCCAAGAAGACAUCUUGCUUGCCGCUGACCCCAACUGUGCCCCCAUUCCCCGCCAUGGCAGCUACACUCUCCCCCUGAUCCCAGAGAUGUGCUUCAGCGCCGGCCCAGACAACAUGGAACCUCUCCCCUCCAACUCCAACAUCGGGGAGAACAGAGCCAGCCAACUCCUCUGCUGCUCUUCCUGCUGCCUGCAGGUCCAUGCCAGUUGUUAUGGUGAAAGACCAGACUCCGUGAAAGUUUCCUGGAUGUGCACCCGUUGUGCUACAGGAGCCUGGACUGUGGAGUGUUGUCUCUGUAACUUGAGAGGAGGAGCCUUGAAGAAGACCACAGACAACCGGUGGGUCCAUGUCAUCUGUGCUAUUGCAGUGGCUGAAGCUCGCUUUGUCAAUACGAUUGAACGGGAGCCAGUGGAUGUCAGUGCUGUUCCAAAAAAACGCAAGAGUCUGAAGUGUGUGUAUUGCUACGGCAGGAGCCCCAAACAGAACCAGGGUGCCUGUAUCCAAUGCUCAUAUGAGAACUGCUCCACCUCCUUCCAUGUCACCUGUGCCCAAAUUGCAGGCGUGGUCAUGAAGCCUGCCGACUGGCCCUAUGUGGUGUCUGUUACCUGCCACAAGCAUAAAAGAGUCAAUCAGAAGCCACGGAAGGCGCUCAAGGUCUACAAUGGGCUCAGCCUGGGCCAGAAGGUGAUUGGUCGAAACAGCGAUGGCUGGUUCUACCACUGUACAAUUAUUGGCACAGCAGCACAGACCUUCUAUGAGGUCAACUUUGAUGACGGCUCCUACUGUGACAACCUGUACCCUGAAAACAUCAUAAGUCAUGACUGUCUGCGUAAUGGUCCUCCAGAGGUGGGUGAACUGAUGGUGGUUCACACCAGUGAUGGCCAAACACUCAAUGCCUCCUUCGUCAGAGAGCAUGUCCACAAGCUUUACCAGGUGGAGUUCCAGGACCAAAGGCAGCUGCUUCUGAAGCACACAGAGCUCUAUCCACUGGAGCAGGAACUUCCCAAGAGGGUCCGAUCCCGCCUGGCUGUACCAGUGAAUAGUUCCCAGGAGGCUGCCUCUGUGGAUGGUGCCCAGGCAGCUAAGCGCCGUCGCCUGCCCGCUGACUCUACACUGCCUCCGGACCAACAAAUGGAGACAGCAACAUCAACCCAAGCAUGUGAAAAUCACAGUAUUAUAGCCACAACCUCACAGCCUCUGUCUGUGCCCAACACUGCCCCAAAGCACACCAACAUGCUAGCUGAUGGUUCCCAGAUGGACAGAGAUACCCAAAUGGACACCAGCACCACUCUCUCAAAUGCUUUAACAGAGUCAGCUCUGGUCAAGGACCCCACCCUGACUCCAGCAUCAACCUGUUUCCAGUCAACAUUGAACUCUGACCCCCUCUUGUCAGCUGUCUCCCCUCUCCCAUGUUCUCAGGACAUGUCCAGUGGCUACACUCCGAGCAGUGGGUACGUCUCCUACAUGGAGAGCCUCCUCAACUCACAUUAUCCUCAGGACGAUGGCCCUGGGCCCUUGUAUUGAAAAGUAAAUGAGAAGAAACCACUGUUACAACGUGGCUAGCCGAUGCCAAGUUAACCGGAAGUAAGCUAAAUGAGGCUAAUGCUAACGGACAAAGGCAUUUGCUACACAGGACACAAGAGCCCAUGACUGGAGCAGGAAAGACACAGAUAUAUAAAGAGGUUCUCUUUUGAUGCAUGCAUAAUGUUAUUUUUCAUUCUUUAAUUCUUAAUGUCUUUGAGAGGUGGUGUGUUUAAACCUGUUCAGAGGCUUUCUUUUUCUUUUUUUUCACCUGCUGUGCUUUCCUCCUCCAUAUUGUAUAAACGGCUCUUGGGGUAGCAUCAACGUCAUACCUCUCCGCAUUAAUCUAAUAACAAAACACUUGGUUUUCUUUUUACAGGAAACUAAUUAAUACGAUCCCCUGUCGGUGCCUGAGACCCUGGUGGAUCAGCAUUUUUUGUGUUAUUUCGAUCAAAUAACCAGCAACAGAAUCUCUAUUUUUCAAUCUUGUCGUUCACAAGCUCACAAACCAAUUAACAAAUGGCCUCUGUAUAAAGGACAUUUUCGUUAAGGUGUAUGUUUGGAAUGCGAGUGGUAAAAGGGGGAAAUGGGUUAAUAUGUAUUCCAGGGGGAUUCAGUAUUUAACUGUCUUAGUCACACAUGGAAGCAAAUUGUUUGUUAAUGUUUUUAAUGCUUAAUGCUGACUUGACUGUAACCUUGUCUGAUUUUUUUUUUAAUGUUUUUAUUUGGUACUUGUGAAGACAGUGGCUCCAGAUGUGACUUUUAUGUGUUAGCCUGAUGGAAAUGGUGAUUUCCAAAAUCCACUUCAUAUAUUCAGUAUGAAUUGUCUCAGGGUUCCUACAAAGUUUAGGCUUGGAUUAGUUUUGGAAUAGUAUUCAGAAUAUAUAUCUGUCCUACUUGGACAUACAUGUUUUGUUAUGGUAGAACCCACACAUGUUUUACAUAGUGUGUUAUGGUCUGGUUGACAGUUAUCAUGCCCAGCCUAUAUUGGCAUAUAUUAUGAAAUAUGACCAAAUUUCUCAACUUAAUCUUACAAAUAAAGGUUUGUAUUAAGUCUCACACACAAAUUGAAAAUAUGUAGGAACUCUCUAAUGUAGAAUUGCUUUGUAUCAAACUUGGAUGAAAUUAUUAGUAGAAAUUGUGUGGCAUAGCGGGAUACUAUGAUAGCCUUUUAUAUUAGUCUACCCAUUUUGUGUUAAUUUGUAUGAGUUAACUUCAUUGAAGGUCAUCAAUAAAUUAUUGAACUACACGAUGUUAUGAAUUUUUGAAGAUUUCAAGAUACAUUACUCUUUCUAAGAUAAACUACAGUUUUGAGGUUUAUUUUUGUUUUGGGUUUUUUUUUUCUUUCAGAUAUUGCUGGUCGGCAAUUUGUGCAACAGAGGUGCUACCAAGAUGUUAGACUACUGAUAGAUUAUCCAGACACUGUCACAUUGUACAUACCGCAGAUCUUGUGUUUGUGAAACAAAUUUGUAAAUGUCAAAUAUAGCCUUGUCUUUAUUAUUAUUGUUUUUUUUUUUAUUCUGUUGCCACAAUUAAAAUGUCAGAACAUUAUGACGUUCCUGUAUCAAAAGUAAAACCAUCAGAGAAUCUUAUCAUUUCUUAGGCAUUAAACUGGGUUGUUAUGGUA